AUGGUUUUCGGGUGGUUAUUUGGUAAGAAAAAGACUGAUUCUUAAUAAUAGCAAUAGAAUGCAAAUGCACAAUAGUAAUAAGCAUAAAAGUAGUAGGCCUAACAAAAACAGUCAAAGCCUCACAAUAACACUCAAUAGUCCGAUCAAUUAUUAGAAGAUUCUUGGAUUUAUGAAUAUCUCCUUUAGUAUUUGACUUCACCUCUUUGGAAGGUUCCUAUUUAUGAGUUUCUUGAUGAAAAUUGCAUCGUUUUUGAUGACGAAGAAGAAAAUAAGUUCUCCUACACUGAAAUUCACAACAAAUUCAAAAAGUUAAUUGAAGGAAUGAUUGAAACUUUGAUGGCAGAAAUCGGUAUUGAUGAACAAAAGUUAUUAUAAUACAUCGAAAUAGGUUUAAAGAGUCCUCAUCAUAAAAAAGUAUUUGAAUAACUCCUUAUCGUCGACAAUUUCUUAGUUUUUAAGAAGCUCAUGGUCAAGAGAAACAAAGAAUUAGAACUAGAAGCUCUAAAGGAAAUGAUGAAAAACGAAUAAGAAGAGCCUGUUCCAGAAGACGAAGAAAAAUUGAAGCUAGCUUCUAUGGAAGCUGAACGUGCAGAAAUUGAGCACGCUAUAUAAAUGAGCUUAGCUGCUGAAGAAGAAAUCAAAAAGCUUCAUGAUGUUGAAGAUGAGGAAUUAAAAAAGGUAUUAGAAAUGUCAAAAAUAACAUACGAAAAGGAAGCUUAAACAAGAAGCCAAAUACAAAAAUAAUAGUAAGAACAAACUCCUGUUCCCGAUUAAUCAAAAGUUACCGAUUUCUAAUUACCUUAAACUCAUGUUGAAUAAGCUCCUCAAAAAGUUGAACAAGUUCAAUAAAACAAAAAAGAAGUAUCUCCUGUCAAAUAGGAUAAGCCAAAAGAAGCCCCUAAACCUUAAGAAAAGGAACCUGAAGUUGAAGAAGUUAAGUAACAAGAACCUUAAUUCAAGCCUUUGAAUAAAUUACCUGUCCUUAAGGCUCCUUCAAAUUUACCUCCUUUAGUAAAUAAGAAAUAUGAAAAGCCUAUUGACGAUUUAUUAGCUGAUAGAGCUACCUUAUUGCAACAAUUAGACAAUUAUAAGGCAGUAGAAGAAAAACUUAAAAGCCAAUAGGUUCCUGAAAAGUAAGAAGAAGAAGGAGAAAAGGAAGAAUCAUUAGAAGAAAGAAAGAAACGUUUGUUGGCUCAAAGAGAACUUUUACGUAAGAAGAAAUAACAACAAAGAGAGUAAGAACUCAAAGACUACAAGGAAGGCGGUGAAGAAACUAAGAAGGCUAUUUCUUCUCAAUAAAGCGUUUUAUUAACAGAGAAUUAACCUGCUAAUACUGAAAAUUUAUCUCAACAAGAAUUAUAAAAGAGACAAAACCUUAUUAGCAAAAUUAAACAAAAUAUGUGA